AUGAGGUCUUUUUCUGGGCGGGGCGAGUUUGCCGGCGGAGAGCUCUUUGGAUGGCCAGGUUCCCAGCCUCCGAGGACUUCCCGGCUCUUAUUUCCCAUAAGUCUGUGGGUCCGUUUCCGGCGGCCUGAAGGUUCUUGGAUUCGGCGUGGUGAGUUGCUAGCGUCGGAGGAAGUAAUCAGCGCCGGCUCGGAACCCGCAGGGAAGGCAGGGGUUGACUCCGGGCGGCUCCCGAGGACCCUGAGAAGGAAGAAAGAAUUGUUGCGUAUAUUGAAAUCAAGGUUCAGCUCUGGCUUUUCUGGAUUCUGUGCUUCACCAAUAGAGGAACCCCAUGGAUUAUUAAUUAGUUCUUGCAGUUCUAGAACCAUGACUGAUGGUUUGGUGACUUUCAGGGAUGUGGCCAUCGACUUCUCUCAGGAGGAGUGGGAGUGCCUGGACCCUGCUCAGAGGGACUUGUACGUGGAUGUGAUGUUGGAGAACUAUAGUAACUUGGUGUCAUUGGAUUUGGAGUCAACAUAUGAGACCAAAAAUACAAUUUCAGAAAAAGACAUUUUUGAAAUAAAUUUUUUCCAAUGGGAGAUGAAGGAAAGAAAUAAAACUCUUGGCCUUGAGGCAUCCAUUUUACCACAGGGACAUCAAGAGGGAUACUUUAGUCAAAUGAUAAUUAGCUAUGGAAAAAUGCACACUAAUAGAAAAAGUAAAUCUUUUAGUGCACAUCAAAGAAUUCAUAAUAGAGAGAAACGCUAUGUUUGUAAAGAAUGUGGGAAGGCUUGUAGUCAUGGCUCAAAACUUGUUCAACAUGAGCGAACUCAUACAGUUGAAAAACACUUUGAAUGUAAAGAAUGUGGGAAGGACUUUUUUAGUGCCUAUCAACUCACUGUGCAUCAGAGAUUUCAUACCGGUGAGAAACCCUACAGAUGUAAGAAAUGUGGGAAGACUUUUAGUUGGGGGUCUAGUCUUGUUAAACAUGAGCGAAUCCAUACUGGUGAGAAACCCUAUGAAUGUAAAGAAUGUGGGAAGGCCUUCAGUCGUGGCUAUCACCUCACUCAGCAUCAGAAAAUCCAUAUUGGUGUUAAAUCUUAUGAAUGUAAGGAAUGUGGGAAGGCCUUUUUUUGGGGCUCAAGCCUUGCUAAACAUGAGAUAAUUCAUACAGGUGAGAAACCUUAUAAAUGUAAAGAAUGUGGGAAGGCCUUCAGUCGUGGCUAUCAACUUACUCAACAUCAAAAAAUCCAUACUGGAAAGAAGCCUUAUGAAUGUAAAGUAUGUGGGAAGGCCUUUUGUUGGGGCUAUCAGCUUACUCGACAUCAGAUAUUUCAUACUGGCGAGAAGCCCUAUGAAUGUAAAGAAUGUGGGAAGACCUUUAAUUGUGGCUCAAGUCUUGUUCAACAUGAGCGAAUCCAUACUGGUGAGAAACCCUAUGAAUGUAAAGAAUGUGGGAAGGCCUUCAGUCGUGGCUAUCACCUCACUCAGCAUCAGAAAAUCCAUACCGGUGAGAAACCUUUUAAGUGUAAGCAGUGUGGGAAGGCCUUUAGUUGGGGUUCAAGCCUUGUUAAACAUGAGCGAAUCCAUACUGGUGGGAAAUCCUAUGAAUGUAAAGAAUGUGGGAAGGCCUUUGGUAGUGGCUAUCAACUUAGUGUUCAUCAGAGUUUUCAUACUGGGGAGAACCCUUAUCAGUGUAUGGAAUUUGGGAAGAACUUUAUUCAUGGCUCAAACCUUGUUCAACAUGAGAGAACUCCUAGUAAUGAUAAGCCUUAUGAAUAUAAAGGAUGUGGGGAAGCCUUUAUAUGGACAGCUUAUUCAAAUGAGACCAUAAAUACUGGUGAAAUUUUAUGAUUGAAGAGGUGAAAGAAAAAUUUUUAUGUGUAUAAACAACAUGAGGAAUCUUAAUCUUGAGAACACUUAUGAAUGUAUGGAAUGUGCAAAAAGCCUUACAUCUGUGUGGACAACUUGAUAUCAAAAAUUCAUACUAGUGAGAAAUACUUUGAAUAUAAGGAAUAUGAAAAGGCCUUAGAAUUUUAUACAGUCUUACUGAAUGUCAGUUUGUACUAAUGUGAAAUCAUUUAAAUGUAAGGAAUGUGUGAAGAUCUUUAUUCAUGGCACAAAAGUCUGGUAAACAUUGGGGAGUUUGUACUCAUUAGAAACACUUCAAGGAAUGUAGGAAGAACCUAGUUCAGUUUUUGCUGUUCACAUUAGAGAACUCAUACUGCUGUGAAAUUUUAUGAAUGUAAGGAAUUUGGGAAGGCUUACAGAUAAGAUAAAUAUCUUACAGUACAUCAUCGAAUCCAUCCAAAUGAGUCUACAGCCAUACCACCCUGAACGCGCCCGAUCUCAUCUGAUCUCGGAAGCUAAGCAGGGUCGGGCCUGGUUAGUACUUGGAUGGGAGAAUCCAUCCAAAUGACAAACCCUUUAAAUUGGGAUGUAGGAAGGCCUCUAGACAAGUACUAUUAAAACUGUUGUCUAGAGACUAGUGCCAGCUCAUGGAAUUGUUACCUGUCCCAUCAUGAAAUGAAUGUGGAAAAUAAGAGUGUUUGGAAACUUAGAGCAAUUUCAUAUUGCCUUAACAUUAUCAUUGUAUUUUAUAAAAGUAUCAAUCAGCUCAUGAAUGAUUACAAGUUAGAAAGUUUGCCCUUUCCAGAAAGAAUUUGAGACAACAUUCAGUUUUUAAAACAUGAGACAAGUCAGGGCGCCUGGGUGGCUCAGUGGGUUAAGCCGCUGCCUUCGGCUCGGGUCACGAUCUCGGGGUCCUGGGAUCGAGUCCCGCAUCAGGGUCUCUCUGCUCAGCAGGGAGCCUGCUUCCUCCUCUUUUUCUCUCUGCCUGCCUCUCUGCCUACUUGUGAUCUCUCUCUCUCUCUCUCUCUCUCUGUCAAAUAAAUAAAUAAAUAAAUCUUUAAAAACAAAACAAAACAAAAACAAAAACAUGAGACAAGUCACAAUAUAAUUUGAGUAAGAGAUGCUUUACUUGUCACCUGUGAUUGAAUAGCAGAAUAUUCACACUAUAGGAUUUGGCUAAUGUAUGAGUCACAACUUCCUUAAGCCUAUAAAGGCAUAAUUUAUAACAAAUAAUUUUCAUUUAAUGAAGAUAUAGAAGCCUUCCAGCACUAUUCGACCUUUGUUAAACUUUGGAGAAUUCAUCCUAGAAAAUAACCUUAUCAAAUGUAACAUAUGCAGGAGAUCUCUCACACAUGCCACAAACCAUACUUACAGUCCUCACCAUUCCAUCUCCUUACUACCUGUGGGAUAUUGGAGAAAAUGCUUAUCUCUUCUGGGCAUCAUCUUGAAAAUGUUGGUGAUGGUAACUAACAGUCCUGUUUCAGAGACUGCAUGGAUUUAGUAUGCAUCAGAUCCUUUGAAGAGUAUCUCGAAUGUAGCCUACGCUCAAUACGUGUUUGCUGUUUUCUUAUCUUCAUCAUUAGUAUUACUCCUGGUGAAUUCUUAGGAAAAGAAUGGACCUUGGUGUGAUGCAUUUUGAAAAGCUUCCAUAACCACUCAUCCAUUUGAAUUUCAGAUAGUUCAUUAUGGAUAAAAUCUAGAAAAGCACAAAGAAACUUGAGAGGAUUUUUAUUAAGAGUUUAUCCCUUAAGCUGCAUAAAAAAUGAAGGCUGAAAAGAAAUGAGGAUUAAGUAAAUGUUAAGAUGUUAAGUAGACAGGAAUAUACCCGUUGAAGAAUGAGGGAGAGGUGAAGCAAUUUGCCUUUAAUGAAUUCAAACAGAAGUAGCCAGUGAUUUAAAUUCUCUGCUCACAUUUUGAGAUAAAUUACAAAUUUAAAAGACACAAAAUAUUGUCCAUUUGGGAAUUCUUUCCCCAAAUUUUAUUAUGACAAAUUUCAGACACUCAGAAAAAUUUAAAGAGCAGUAUAAUAAACAUCCAUAUACUCUAUUUAGAAUCAGUACUUAUUAACAUUUGAUCAGAAAUUUAGGUAUGAAUAUGUACACUCACUCACCAUUAUCUUAUGAUCCCCGCAUCUUUUAAGAAUAAGAACAUCCUUUAAUACCAUGGUCAUAGAAAAAAUUAUCAAUAAUUCUGUAAUACUCUUCUAUAUUCACUUCAUAUGUCCCAGUACUCCCAAGGUAUCCUAUUGCUAUUUUCUAACCAGCAUCUUUUCUAUAUUCAGGCAUUGCAUUUUGUUAUCUUGUGUCUAGAUUUUAAUCUUUAAAAGACUUCUUGAAAUGUUAAGGAAAACUGUUUUGUAGAAUGCCAUGCAUUCUUGAUUUAUUUCUCCCGUCAUGGUGAGAUUUAAUUUGUGCUUCUAUCCUUUGUAUCUCUCAUAAAGUCAAGUUAGAGCCAGAGACCUAAACAUUUUUCACAAAAAUACACCAUAUUUGGUGAUAACUACUUCACAUUGCUAUAUACCAGAAACAAAUAAUACCCAUUUUUCUCACUAUUGCUAAUGCUAAGUUUGGUCAUGUGAUUAAGACAGAGACUGCGGGGCGCCUGGGUGGCUCAGUGGGUUAAGCCGCUGCCUUCGGCUCAGGUCAUGAUCUCAGGGUCCUGGGAUCGAGUCCCGCAUCGGGCUCUCUGCUCAGCAGGGAGCCUGCUUCCCUUCCUCUCUCUCUGCCUCUCUGCUUACUUGUGAUCUCUCUCUGUCAAAUAAAUAAAUAAAAUCUAAAAAAAAAAAAAAAAAAGACAGAGACUGCUAGAGCUCUCCAUUAAAAAGGUCCAUUAUAUGCUAGUAAGAUUGGUGAACCUUUCAACUACUUUUGAAAAUGUAGUCCUACCAUAUGUAUAUAUAAAUUCUGAAUUAAAGAGAAAAUUGAAGCAAUUACAGAUUGUUGAAAAAAGAAUGAUAGUUAAAUUGUAUAUCAGAAGUUGUAGAAUGUGCCUGAAGCUUUUUUCAGUGGAAAAUACCUUUUACUGUGUCUUGGAGAAAUCUAAGCUGCAUCUGGCCAGAUGGAAGGCCAGAACUAUGACUUUUUUCCCCCCAGUAUCUACAUGGUCCCUGUCACCCUGGACUAUGAAGCUAGAAAAGUAAACCCUAAACCAAUAUACGGAAGCAACUUACACAGCUAAAAUUGUCUCAGAACUUCUGAAGUUAUGUCUCAAAAAUUACCAGUACUGAGUAGUACAUGAGAAACUGGGAUUUUCUGGUUAAUGAGGCCUAUGAAAUAGAACCUACUAAAUCCCUUCUUAAGGAAAAAUCAGAAGCACCUUGUCAACUUAAGAAACUAAAAAGAGUAUUCUAGUGAAUGAAAUUUGCUUGACUUAAUUUAAACUGGUGGUCUCAAACUUUACCAUGGGAAUACUGGUUCCCAUUACCUAUUUCUAUCUUAGGGAUCUGAAACUGCGUUGAGGAAUGCUGCCAUAACUGGAAGGCCCUAACGUUGGAUAUUUCAGUCACUAAGUUUGAUUGUUAUAAUGGAAUGGUAGUUAGGAUCAUGCUCUCAAGGGAUGACCUUUUUUUUUUUUAUAAUUUAUAAUCUUUUUUUUUCCUUUAAAGAUCUUAGCUAUUUAUUUGACAGACAGAGAUCACAAGCAGGCAGAGAGGCAGACAGAGAGAGAGGGGGAAGCAGGCUCUCCACUGAGCAGAGAGCCCUAUGUGGGGCUUGAUCCCAAGACCCUGAGAUCACGACCCGAGCCGAAAGCAGAGGCCCCAACCCACUGAGCCACCCAGGUGCCCCAAGGGAUGACCUUCUAAUGCUUGCUUUUAUUCCCGAGUAAAAAUCCUUGUAUCUAAGUUGAAAGGGCUCCUGAGUUAUCAGAUGUCAUUUCUUCAUCUCUUCCUGCAAUUGUAUAGUAUUUAAUUUGUUAAUGUGAUAAUUUAUAUUGACAGAUUGAUUUUCUCUCAUUGCUGGAUAUACCCAGGUUACUUAUUGGUGUAGGUAUGUAUUCUGUGCACUGCUGGGUUUCAUUUGCUACUGUUUUAUUUAGAAUUUUUACAUCUCAUGAGUGUGAUUAUAUAAAAAUUUUAUUUUUGAGAUA